AUAGAGACUACGUAAACGAAUACGAUCCAUGUGUGGCACGAAGGAUACAGGGGAGAACACGAUACAUCACGCGUUCGAACGGUGCCGUUUUGUUUCGACUCCCUCCGCUUGAACUUCAUCAGAUAUAUAUACACUGUUCGUCCUCUUCUAUCUCAAACUGUUUGGACUGGUAGGCAGUAAUCGGCGAGAAUGUCGGCCAGAGUUUUGUCGUUGCCGGAGUUUGGUUUGGAAGGGGUUGACGACGUCGAGGACAUUCCAUCGGCGAGUGAAGGAGAUCCUUCGAUGUCAUUUGAGCGGUUCAGUCAUCUCCAGGAUCUUGUGCGGAUGGGGAAUAAUGCCUUCCGGGACAAUAGAUUGGAUGAGGCUAUCAAUUUUUACACCAAAGCUAGCAAUGUAAAACCAAAUGAUGCUACCAUCCUUGGCAACAGAUGUGCGUCAUACCUUAGGUUUAGCCUGUUUCUGAAAAAUAGAUCUUCAUCAGAUUCAGAAACUAGGCCACUGAGUGGGCUGGAUCCAACAACCCAUGCUGGGCUUGCAUUGAAGGAUGCUGAGAAGGUGGUGAGCUUGCGAAGCAGUUCAGUAAAAUCAUACAUUUUGAAGGCAAAUGCACUUGUUAUGUUAGAAAAAUAUGAACUUGCUCAAGAUGUUAUUUAUUCAGGCCUUCAUAUUGACCCCCUAAGCUUUCCUCUACAAAAUUUAGCAAGAUUUAUCAAUGAAGGAAGGAGAAUCCAUGGAAAACCACAGCGCAGUGAUGAUUUUGAUUGCACUCUUUGUUUAAAAUUAUUAUAUGAACCAAUUACGACUCCAUGUGGGCAUUCUUUUUGCCGCUCUUGUCUUUUUCAAUCGAUGGAUCGAUGUAACAGAUGUCCAUUGUGCCGGACGGUUCUAUUUCUUAGUACCAGAUCUUGUGCUAUCAGUGUGACAUUGAAUAACAUCAUUCAGAAGAAUUUUCCUGAGGAGUAUGCUGAAAGGAAAACUGAGAAUGAUUGCUUGAUUAACCUUGGUGUUGAUUUGCUGCCUCUUUUUGUAAUGGAUGUUAUUCUACCAUGUCAGAAGAUUCAACUUAACAUUUUUGAGCCUCGUUAUAGGCUUAUGGUGAGGAGGAUAAUGGAAGGAAAUCGUCGUAUGGGAAUGGCUAUUGUUGAUUCUGCAACAGGUUCUAUAGCUGAAUAUGGUUGUGAAGUGGAGAUAACAGACUGUGAGCCACUUCCGGAUGGGCGAUUCCUUCUAGAGGUUGAAAGUCGCCGAAGAUGUCGUAUUGUUCGAAACUGGGAUCAAGAUGGGUAUCGAGUUGCUGAAGUUGAAUGGGUACAUGAUGUUUGUCCAGCCGAGGGAAGUAGAGAGAGACAUGAAUUACAAGAGAUGAUAAAUAGGACAGCAGCCUAUGCUCAAGAGUGGUUGCACACUGCACAGCGAGCAGCUCGAGGAGAUCGUGCACGGGUUGCUGAACUCCAUAGAGCAGAAGGAUUGAUGCCCUCAACACAGGAUCCUGAGCAUUUUAGUUUCUGGCUAUGUACAUUGACGAAUAGGAGGCCACCUGAAAGAUUAGAGCUCCUUAAGUUACGAGAUACAGACGAGAGGAUAAGGCGUGCCUUAAUUUAUAUGAAGGAAGAUGGUCAAGGCUGUGUUGUGCAAUAAUUUUUGUUUCAAUGUCUCUCUGUCCUUAAUAGUCCCUUGAAUUACGAAGUACUAUUUUUUUUAAAUAUAAAUUUAUUUUGGCAGAAAAAAUAAUAAUUAAGGGAUUGUAUUUUGGUAGUGAAAAUAUAAUUGGACACUUUAAAUAAACAGUAGUCCAA